UUAGGAUAUAAUUAGCUUUCAUAAAGUAGGUUGAAGUAAUUGCACGCGAAUACUUAUGAUUAUACAGUGUUUAUUGCAAUACUCAUGAUACUAUGUGUGUAUAAUCUCAAUACGUUAAAAAGAGUUACGAUUUGUACAUUAAAAUGAAUUAUGUGAGUCUUUUAAUGUUAACUUCUUUGAUAUGUAUCGAUCUAACCGGUGGUUUCUUUGGAAGAACAUUACGAGAUGGAAAUGGGAGGACAAGGACACACAUAGAUAUAACAGCUGCUGGAACAUUAAGAGCAAUUGACAAGUAUAUCAAAUUAAACAAAGGAUUUGGGUCUAUUGACGAGUUCUUUAGUAAUGAUCUCAAUGGCAAGGAUACCAUGAUGAAGAAAAUAUUUGCAUUGAGAAAAGCUGUUGCUGAUACACAGGAGAACAAGAAGGAUACAGCUUAUAUACAUUGUCACGCCGAUCAAAUCUUACUCGCACAUAACUUCGUGAAAUCUUGUAAACAGAAGUUGUUUGCGCGAAAAAAUGACACCAACGAAUUCAUAACACAGCUGGGAGAAUGUCUGUAUACUAUACAAUCAUUCUAUAGUAAUACGAACUGGGUGGAAAUGUAUGGAGGUGUUGCGUAUAAAGAUUUUGGAAUAAAUGAUUUAAUGGACGUAGCGGCCUUGGAAGACGACACCUGUUUAGAUUAUGCGGAUUACAAUUCUGAAUGUAAGAACAACAUAAGAGUGAACGGAAAGCUGACCAGCGGAUACCAUCACAGAAGAGGCAACACAAAGCCUGCAAGAGCAAUUGGUUCAUCAACUGGUAAAUGUAGUCAUGGAGGUCCUGACGAUGACAGCAGAAAGCUUGUGGCCAGAUGUGGCAUCAAUAAGGAUUCUUUUACUCCUAAGUGGUCACCACAUUCUCAUUUACACAACCAGGCAUAUACGGCCGCUGUCCAGGCUACAGAGAACUUUCUUGUAGCUGAUAGAACUGGAGUGUUAAAGACAAUUGGAUCAAAAAUUUUUGAAGAUAUAUUUCAUGUUAAAAGACGGGAGGACAUGACUCUAGCUAUUGCAAUUGACUAUACUGGUUCUAUGGCAGAUGAUAUUGAUGCUGUCAAAACACAUGUGAUAAAGCUGUUAACAACCACUGUCGGGUCUGCCAGUGAACCAGCUGGUUAUGUUUUAUCUUUGUUUCAUGAUCCAGUAAGCUGGAAUUCCGCUCAUAGGUACGUUGAUGGGUAUGUCAUGAUUAAUAGAGUUCAAGCAAUUGAAGCAGAAUAUGGGGAUAAUCGAGAUUGUCCGGAAUAUGCAGUAGCAGGAAUGUUAGCAGCAAUAGCACUGUUGAGAGAUAACUCGCCACUGUAUGUAUUUACGGAUGCAUAUGCAAAAGAUGCUGACCGCAUUCAAGAAGUCAUUGAUGCAGCCAACGCAAAGAAUAUAGCAAUAUCGUCAUGUCUAACUAAUCAGUGUACUCGCAGAAAACGAUCAGCAUUAGGUCGACCUGAACGUUCUGCAUCGUCAUUGUCAUUUUUCCAACAAAUAGCAGAAGCAACAGGUGGAAAUGUCCAUGAAACAGACAAAGAAAACAUUGGCAAUGUCAUAGAAACUGUAAUAGGGGAAACAUUUCCGUCUGGUGAAAUAAUUAUAGACUCGUUUGACUGGUCUGUCUCUGAAACUAAUGACAAAAAUAUCACCGUUGAUAGUACGAUCACAGUGCUCAAGAUAAGUGUUACAGGGUCAUCUGCAGAAACAGAUGUAGAUAUAUAUUAUGCUAAUGGUACAUUGGAGACAUACUCAUCUGGAAAGUCAACAAGAAUAUACACCUCAUCAGGCGAAACAAUUAUAUCAAUCCAGCAUCCUCCCGGUAGUAUCAUGAAACUAAGAAGGAAUGUACACAAAGAUUGGAAGGUAAAUAUAACAGCACAGAGUUCUAUCAAGGUUGACUGUGAACUAUUGGAAAAAUCAGUUAAUGGUGAAAUGGUCUCUCUGAAAGGCAGUCCAAUUUCGGAUAACAAUUAUACUGUUGAAUUGUCCGUGUAUAACCUUGGACCAAGUGGCACAUGUCACAAAAUUGCAUUGACUGAUAGUGCCGGAAAUGUUAUAUCGUCACACGAGCUAUUACAGUUGCGACGAGAUGUCGAUACUUUGUGUGCUGCAAAUUUCAGAAUGCCAAAUUAUGAAUUCAAAGUUAAACUAUAUGGGAAUGAUAAUAGUGGAAGACCAUUCACAAGGAAGCUCUCGGAAAUCUACCAACACUCAAGCGUCGAACUAACUAUCAAGGCAUCAACUGAUGACGUUAUACUUGGAAAGGAAAGGCUAAUUGGUUAUGAGGUUUUAAAUCGUGGUACUGUGACAGAGACGUAUCAAGUAUCAAUAUCAGACGACCAUUCAUUUGUCCAUGGAACUACAGUUGUAGAGUACACCCUUCUUCCUGGAGAUGGUGCUAAUGGAACCUUUGCUGUUAAGCCUACUACACCCUCUAUUAUAAUCUCAUAUACAAUAUCAGUUUUAAUUGUGUCAACUGGAAAGAUCCAACAGAGUAUCACCAGGAAACUUGUGGUAACAGAUGUUGAGAGACCUGAUUGUACUGUUGUACAUACGGCUGGGGUAUGUGUUAUAUCGUCGCUUAAUAAAGCUAAUUGUUCAUUGUACAAUUGGACUGCUUCAGCUGAAGUUACAUUUUCAGGGACACUGUUACAGGGUAUAUCAUCAACUGUUGGAAUGUCUGUUAAGUUGGCUCAUGUUAACAUAACGGGAUUAUCAACUGGGCAAAUAGCUGUUAACAUCAGUGGUGACUGUUGCACGCCAUCUUUAUCAAUAAAUGUGAUCGAUGUUGAUGGUUUUAUAUCACAAUGUGAUUUAUCUUUUGGUGAUGGACAGUCAGUUCAGUCAGUAGAAGCUGUGUCCAUGCCUUCCGGGUCAUCGGGAACUGAUAUCUACACCAUCAUUAUUAUAAUGUCAGUUUGUGUAGCAGUUGUAGUAGUUGUAGUAAUUAUCGCAUUUGUUUUACGCAUGCACAAGAUUAAGUCGAAAGAUGCACUGGUCAAAACUACAGCCAUCUCAGAUACUACAAAGACAGAAAAAUUCAACGCUGAAAUGAUUUGUAAAAAACAAGAAUGAUCUGUCGUUGAACAAUGAUUAAAUACAAAACUUGCUUGUCAUAUAUAAAGUGACAUAAACUGUAAUAGUAAUUUUAAGUGAUCAAUGCAUAGCAAUAGUUUUCAACUCUUGUAAAUUCAGAAUUAUUUUUUUUUAUUUAUUAAUGCGAAUAAUGUGAUUGGGUUGGUAUCAUAGUAAUAAGAACUUAUAUUCUGAUAUCUGCUGCAUAUAUAAUUAUGGAGAUUUUACUGAAAUCGCAAUAAUGAAUCUGGCAUUUUUGUCUAUUCUUCAAAAAUCGCAAUUAUAAAUGUACGCACCAAUUUACAGUAUUCCCACAUUGCAGUCAUUUGCCUAAGGUUCCUAACUAUGUUUAAUGUUAAUUUACACAUGUCUUGAUAGAAAUAUAUCUUUUGAAUUAAGUUUUGAAAAUAUUAUUCUACUUACUGGCAUAAGCUGUAUGGCUCAAGUCUACAUUAACUGUGAUAUUGUAUUGUGCCAAAUUAAAUUGACAUAUUAAUUCCAUAUAAAUUCUUGCUGUAAUAUAAUUUACCAAAUAAAUAAGUUUUUUUACUUAG